UCGCAUUAAAACGGACAUAACAGCAUCCGAGCGGGUUGGUUCGACAGUGUUGCAAACAAUGGUCCACUUCAAUGCAGAUUUUUGCUAGAAAAGGAGAAUUAUAGAGAACUCUCGACUAAAAGCUCCACAUGGCAGGUAGUAGACUAGAGAGAUUUGGAACGGUAUUCACAAGGGUUAGAGAUCUGAUACGCUCUGGAGUCAUAAAGCCAAAGGAAAAACCUCUCUGGUAUGAUGUGUACAAGACUUUUCCACCAAAGAGGGCCCCACUUCAUGUGAAACCAGUUACCAGCCCUUUUGCUAAGAAACAAGGAAUUGUGCCUGAAAUCUUCUACAGUGAGGAUAAAAUUAGAACGGGAUUCUAUGAGCAAUAUGGGAGAGGUUUGCGGGCUCUUGAUCUCUCCAAAUCAAACUUUGUUUCUACUUGUCAGAGGUUUGUUGACAAGUACAGAGAGUUAAAAAGCCAUGGCAUGCUGGAUAACUCCUCUUUGUUUGAAGAGACUGCGAAGGCUUUACUUAAAGAAGGUAUCAUCCUGAGAAGGCGAGGAGCUCCUCCUAAUAAAUCUGAAUCCAGGGAUCCUGUGCUUGACCUGAAACUGAUAGACAUGUUGGCAGAGCAGCAGUCAGCUGGGACUGACACAACGAAGACAACAGAAGAUAAAAAUUCAUAGAUCACAGUAGCUCAAGAAUCAUUUGGUGAACUGCAUAUUUUCUCUCUUACCAGCUAUUAUGAUCAUAAAAUGUUAUUUCUGUUUUUGCGCUGUCUCUGACACCCAACAAUUAAGUCUGUGUUUUUAAUUUCUUGACAGCCCAUUGCACACUGCACCAGCGGCAGCUUGUUGCCAUGAAAGAUUCAAUGGAGCUAUAAAUCAUAUGUCAGUGCAGGUGAAAAGUUGUACAAAAAAACAGUAGAAAAGAGUUUGUUAUAUAAGUAUUUAGAGGUCUUAUGUCUGGCAAUAAAACACAUUGUUAUAACGUGUAUAAUUGUCGUGAAAUUAUUGUAAUAGUUUAGAAAAUGAAUGAAAUGUCCCAAGUUUUUUUUAGUUUCUUGUGGUUUGCACCUCAUCAUCUGUCUUGCCUUCUUUCUGACCUGGAAAUGAAUUUCUGUGUAACAUGUUGAAUGGUGCCUCAAUACCUACAAGCAUCAUGUGGACAGAGGAGGAAGCGAGGAUGCACAGGGCGUAUCCUUUGCAGAAUAACUUUAAAUAUAUAAAAUAGUCUUACAGCUUGAAUUCAGGAGAACUAUGCAAACAGCUACUUUGUCAUAUCUAUAAGUUGUUUUGGUUGUUAAGAUGAUCAACUGCCUUUAAACUUUGUCCUUCAUUUUGUGUGUGAGAGAAAUGAUCAAAAACAUAAUCUCUUGUCACGUACUACAGUGAGAAUUUAAUUAAAAGUUGCCCUUAAAAUAAAGCAUAUCAUCAGUUCAGUUAUGCCAAAGAACAUGAAAUGCAGAGAAACAAUGCAAUAGUUUUAAUGCAGCUGUGCCAAUAAUCUUUUGACAUAAUUAAAAGGAUGGCAUUAA